CUAUCUUCCUUACCUGUUUCGGUUCACUCAUUCCGAUUUCCGGACCAUCCUCUAAGAAGCCUCGGUAUCGAAGAUAUUAAAGCGGUCUACGUCGCAUUUAACCACCAUGGCUGAUGUAGCUGCAACACCCGCUGCCGCCCCUGCGGCCGACAAGAAGAAGCCCGAGAAGCCUAAUGUCGAUCUCUUCAAUGAGCAAUUGUCCAAGGCCGAAAAGGAAUACCAGGAUUCUUUUGCUAGAUACAACGCUGUAAAGCAAAAGGUCGAACUCGCUUUCCCCAACAAGAACAAGGAGACCCAAUCGCCGACUCAAAAGCGCCGCCAGGAACUUAUUGCCCAAGCCAAUGAGAUCCGAAAUAAGCAAGGUGCCGGCAAGAACGCUCGCAACACCAAGCUUGACCAGAUCAAGCGCCUCGACGAACAACUCCGCUCCCGAAUCGCCGAACAGAAGAAUGCGCGCGGGAAGGUUAACUUCAAGAGCGUCGAGGAUGUCGAUCGUGAGAUUGAGCACCUCGAAAAGCAGGUUAACGGCGGCAUGAUGAAGUUGGUCGAAGAGAAGAAGGCCCUUGCUGAGAUUUCCAACCUCCGAAAGCAACGCAAGAACUUCGCUCAAUUCGACACUUCGCAAAAGGGAAUCGACGAGUUGAAGGCGAAGAUCAAGGAGAUCAAGGACAGCAUGGAUGACCCUGAGGCUCGUGCAUUGAGCGACCAGUACACAAAGAUCCAAGCCGAACUCGACAGCAUCAAGGCGGAACAAGACGAGGCUUUCAAGAAUCUCAAUUCUUUGCGUGACGAGCGAACCAGACUCCAGGCCGAGCAACAGGAGAAAUUUCAGGCUGUGCGCAAGAUCAAAGAUGACUACUACGGCGCCAAGAAAGCAUAUGCCGAGUUUGAGCGCGAGGCUCGCCAGAAAGCCCGUGACCGACAGAAGGCCGAGCGCGACCGUAUCGAGAAGGAGAGAAAGAAGGAGCGUGCGCAAAAUUUGCUCCAGGAGGCUAGCGACCCAGCCUAUCUUGAAGAAAUCCAAAGAGCCAACAGCCUGCUCCACUACUUGGACCCAUCCUCCACCACUACUGAGAAGGCACCUCUUGUCGCCGAUAGCGGUCUAAGUGCCCAAGCUUCUCGUACUGUCGACGAUUCCGGUCUGAAGGGUACUCGAUUGGUCAAGAAGGAAGAUCGUGAUGACGAUUACCUGCCAGCCGUCAAAAAGGGCAAGAAGGGUAAGAAGGGCGGUGUCUCCGAGAAGGGGUUCAACUGCCCGCCCUCUGUCAUUGCCGACUGUGGGUUCCUAGGAAUUGAUCCUCCCAUGAGUGCCGCCGAGAAACCUAGCGUCGCUGAAAAGGUUAAGGCCAAGUUGGAGCACUGGAAGUCAGAUCAACAAGCCCAGACUCAACGAAACGUUGAGAAAGCCAAGAAAGAGAUCGAGAAGAUCGAGGCUGAAGAGGCAGCUGAGGCGUCUGGUACUGCCACCCCUAACGGCGUGAACGGAGAUAAGAAGUCCGAUGACAAGGUGGCUGAAGUAACAUCGGAUCUCAAGGAGGCUUCCUUAGAGGAGAAGUCCGCUUAAAAACCCCGGGCCUUCGCUCAAGCCACGCCCUAAAAUUUUAUCAUUGGCUAGGGCGAAAUAGACGAUUCUAGGAUUGGAAUCACGAGAGCUUCAACCACCAUUAUAUAUAACCCGGUUCCCUAUUAGAAGAGAAAGAGUAGAACUUCUUAUGGGAAGAAGAAAAAAGAGGCUAAAAGGGCAGGAAAUCACGGAAUAGAUUUCCACAUUAUCACGUAUUAUAUAUAGCAUACGAUAUCAUGAUACAUACCCUACGUAAUCCAAGAACGAGCAAAUCGAACACAAUAAAGUGG